AUGGACGGAAACAACACAAACUCCCCGCCAUCCCAGGGCCGGUCUCAACCCUCUAUUCGGUCAUUCUUUCAACCACGAUCACCCAGUUACACUGCCCCACCAACUCCUCCAAUAUCAGCAAACAGAACGCCGAACAUCAUUCCCACGCCUCCAAGGUCAGGAAUCAUAUACGCUCAACCUCCAAACCAAAAUGUUCUACCAAAAGCAACUCCAAAAGCGACACUUCCACCACAAGCAGCAAUUUCUCGCAUACAAGAAGCCCAUAUCCAACCACUCCGCCGUAUCAACUCUCUUCUCCUCCCAAUAAACUACCCAGACAGCUUCUAUCAUAGUAUUUUAGCUCCAAGCCCUAAUCCAAGCUUCUCAAGAGUUAUAACAUGGACCGACCCUGCUAAUCCGGCAGAGGCCAAAGUAGUUGGCGGAAUCGUCUGUCGUCUGGAUCCGACGCCUGCAUCAGAUUUUACCCCCUCGAAUCCGAAAUAUGUGCCGGGGAGCUAUGAUUUAUAUAUACAGUCUUUAGCGCUUCUGUCGCCAUACAGAGGCAAAGGGCUUGCAGCUGCCGUGUUAGAAGACGUAAUCGCAUCUGCAGCUUCUACAAACGUCGAACAUCCGGAUCUGCGAGUAGCAGAGUUAUAUGCACAUGUCUGGUCGGAAAACACCGAAGCGGCAGAGUGGUACACCAACAAUGGAUUUGCGAGAGAUUUGGGAGUGUUACAUGGAUAUUACAGGAAGUUGAAGCCAGACACGGCGUGGAUAUUCCGCCGAAAAGUAUUAGCAAGCGACCAUCUCAAAUCGCUUGCUCCAUUGCAGCAAGCCGGGAAUGUAAAGAUUUCAGCGCCCAUUUCCCCUGCUUUGCAAAGCCCCCCGACGAACGAAGGAGGCAGCAAGGAGAAUGCUCCCUCAAGACCGAGCGGUCCAGCUACGGUACGAUCGUUCCAAGACAAAGGUCCAGAUCGAGAGUGGAAUGAUCUUCCAGAAGAUGUAGUACGAAACCCUCUUUUGAAACCACCCAGUCAUGCAGGAAGCACAGCCAGCUCCCGCAGUAGUUCGAGAAGUGGUGCAGCUGGAAAGAAGAAGAGGCAGUACCCAACGGCCGCGUUUGGAUCGUGA